ACCCUCCAGAGGGGGUUGAGGAGAGCCGGAAGUCUUGGAGCUGCGAUCUUUUUGUCUGCCCCUUGGUUGUUCUCCCUUCCCGGGUAGCUCCGGACUCUCCUUUUCCCGGGGAGCUCUGAUCGCUUUGUCUUCUGGAAACCGCAACAGUGCGUGCAGCUCCCAGAAGGAGCCUGGAGCCAGAGGGAAUGGGCCCUCGGAGCCUCAGACCUCCUCAGGAGUGGAUGACAUUCAGGGAUGUGGCUGUGGACUUUACCCAAGAGGAGUGGGGCCUCUUGGAUCCUCCUCAGAAGGAACUGUACAAGGGGGUGAUGCUGGAGAAUGCCCGGAACCUGCUGUCCCUGGGGCUUCCAGUUCCCAGAGAAGAUGUGAUCUAUUAUUUUGAGCAAAGGGAAGUACCCUGGAUGAUACACCCAAAAGGCCUGAGGAGCUGCUCUCCAGAAAGACAAUUCAGACUAGAAAUAAAGGAACAUGCUACAGAAGAAAGCUUUUUUGUGGUAGAAAGUCUCAAGCCAAGAUUCAUCAGUGAUGGUUCUGCUAAUUUCACUUUGAAAGAUAUCUAUGAUAAAUAUAAAAAAAUCCAUAUUGGAGAGAAAUCUAAUGAAUGUAACCAGUGUGGAAAAGCUUUUGCAGAAAGGGGAGCUCUUAUUACACAUCAGAGAAUCCACACUAGAGGGAAAGCUUAUAAGUGUAGCCAAUGUAGAAAGGCUUUUGCAAAAAGGGAAUCUCUUGCUGUACAUCAGAGAAUCCACACUGGAGAGAAACCUUAUGAAUGUAACCAGUGUGGAAAGGCUUUUAGAAGAAGGGAAGUUCUUAUUGUACAUCAGAGAAUCCAUACUGGGGAGAAGCCUUAUAAAUGUAAUCAGUGUGGGAAGGCUUUUAGACAAAAGGGAGCUCUUACUGUGCAUCAGAGACUCCACACUGGGGAGAAGCCUUAUGAAUGUAAUCAAUGUGGAAAGGCUUUCAUAAGAAGGGAGUCUCUUGCUCUGCAUCAAAGUAUUCACACUAGAGAGAAACCUUAUAAAUGUAACCAAUGUGGAAAGACUUUCAAAUAUAAGCAGAGUCUUCCUCUACAUCAGAGGAUCCACACUGGAGAGAAACCUUAUAAAUGUAACCAAUGUGGAAAGGGUUUUAUACAAAAGGCAGCUCUUAUUAGACAUCAGAGAAUCCACACUGGAGAGAAACCUUAUAAAUGUAACCAAUGUGGAGAUACUUUUAUAAGAAGGGGAACGCUUAUUGAACAUCAGAGAAUCCAUACUGGAGAGAAACCUUAUGGAUGUAAUCAGUGUGGAAAGAGUUUUAUACAAAAGGGAGCUCUUAUUGUACAUCAGAGAAUCCACACUGGAGAGAAACCUUAUAGAUGUAACCAAUGUGGAAAGGCUUUUACAACAAGGGGAGCGCUUACUCGACAUCAGAAAAUCCAUACUGGCGAGAAACCUUAUAAAUGUAACCAGUGUGGAAAGACUUUUGUAAGAAGGGGAGCACUUACUAUACAUCAGAGAAUCCACACUAGAGAGAAACCUUAUGAAUGUAACCAGUGUGGAAAGGCUUUUAUAAGAUGGCGAGCAUUUACUCGACAUCAGAGAAUCCAUACUGGAGACAAAUCUAAUGAAUGUAACCAGUGUGGAAAGACUUUUAUUCAUAAAGGAGCUCUUACUGUACAUCAGAGGAUCCACACUGAAGAGAAACCUUACAAAUGUAACCAAUGUGGAAAGGCUUUUAAAAGGGAUUCUCUUGCUGUACAUCAGAAAAUCCACACUGGAGAGAAACCUUAUAAAUGUAACCAAUGUGGGAAAACCUUCAAAUGUAAGCAUAGUCUUCCUCUACAUCAGAGGAUCCACAGUGGAGAGAAACCCUAUGGAUGUAACCAGUGUGGAAAGGCUUUUAGGCAAAAAGGAGCUCUUAUUGAACAUCAGAGAAUCCACACUGGAGAGAAACCUUAUGAAUGUAACCAGUGUGGAAAGACUUUUAGAGAAAAGAGAGGUCUUAUAAGACAUCAGAGAAUCCACAUUAGGGAAAAGCCUUAUGAAUGUAACCAAUGUGAAAAGGCUUUUAGAGAAAGGAGAGCUCUUACUGGGCAUCAGAGAAUCCACACUGGAGAGAGACCAUAUGAAUGUAACCAGUGUGGAAAAACUUUUAUAAGAAGGGAAUCUCUAACUGAACAUCAGAGAAUCCAUACUUUAGAGAAACUUUAUGAAUGCAACCAAUCUGGAAAGACUUUUAUAAGAAGGGAAUCUCUUACUGAACAUCAGAGAAUCCAUACUGGAGAGAAGCCUUAUGAAUGUAACCAAUGUGGAAAGGCUUUUAGAGGAAGAAGAGGUCUUACUCUACAUCAGAAGACGCACACUGGAGAAGAUGCACCUUAUAAAUGUAACCAAUGUGGAAAAACUUUCAAAUAUAAGCUGGGUCUUACUCUACAUCAGAGGAAGCACACUGGAGAGAAACCUUAUAAAUGUAACCAUUGUGGAAAGGCUUUCGCAAGAAGGCAAGUGCUUACUGAACAUCAGAGAAUCCACACUGGAGAGAAACAUUAUAAAUAUAACCAGUGGGGAAAGGCUUUGAGAAAAUGGCUUGCUGUUAAUGGACAUCAGAGUACCCACACUGGAGAGAAACGUUAUGAAUGUAACCAGUGUGGAAAGACUUUUAGUCAUAAAAGAACUCUUAAUGUACAUCAGAGAAUCCACACUGGGGAGAAGCCUUAUAAGUGUAACCAAUGUGAAAAAAGUUUUAUUCAUAAGGGUUAUCUAUCUGUGCAUCAGAGAAUCCACACUGGAGAGAAACCUUAUGAAUGUAACCAGUGUAGAAAGGCUUUUAAUCAUAAAGGUGCUCUUAAUGUACAUCAGAGAAUCCACACUGGGGAGAAACCUUAUAAAUGUAACCAGUGUGGAAAGACUUUUAAUUAUAAAGGAUCUCUUAAUGUACAUCAGAGAAUCCAUACUGGGGAGAAACCUUAUAAAUGCAACCAAUGUGAAAAAAGUUUUAUUCAGAAGGGUUAUCUUUCUGUGCAUCAGAGAAUCCACACUGAAGAGAAACCUUAUGGAUGUAAGCAGUGUGGAAAGGCUUUUAAUCAUAAAGUAGCUCUUAAUGUGCAUCAGAGAAUCCACACUGGGGAGAAACCUUAUGAAUGUAAUCAGUGUGGAAAGGCUUUUACUCAUAAAGGAGCUCUCACUGUACAUCAGAGAAUCCACACUGGGGAGAAGCCUUAUGGAUGUACCCAGUGUGGAAAGGCUUUUACAAGAAGGGAAUCUCUUGCUCUACAUCAGAGAAUUCACACUAAGGAGAAAUCUUAUGAAUGUACCCAACAUGGCAUAGAUUUUGUAUGAACAUCAUGUACAAAUGGCCACAGGCCUGAAAAGACCCUUAGUGCCUGUCUCUAUUUCUAGCAAUUGGAAUAUUCUUCUUUUUAAUAGCCAUCAAUUUGUUGCCUCUAGCACCUAGUUGUCCCCAUUACAGGAAAUUUGUCUAUGAUCUUCCUUCUUAUUGCCCUCAAACUCUUUCACAAGUGGUGAAAGGGUAAGGGGAGGGAAUGAGCAUUUCCUUUGCCAGGUGCUGUGCCAUGUGCUUUCUUUAUAGCCCUAUAUUCUUUAAAAACAACUUCCAGCAAGUACGUUGUUAUUCUAAGUAACCAAAUUAAUGAAAAAGCACAAAUGAGCAAAGUUGCUAUUUGAAUCCAGAGGAAGAACUGAUGACUAGAAAUAUGUAGAGCAUAAUUUGACAUAUAUGUGUAUCUGCAUGGUUGUAUAGGUAUACCAUAUAUAUUUCAGUGUAAUGGUAGACAUCUCUAGGGUGAGGGCAGGAAAGUGAACACGUUUAAUUUUGUUGUCUAUUUGAAAAUAACAGCAAGUUUUAAAGUGCACAUUUACCAUUUUUUGUGCCUUAAUAAAUUACUAAUUAGUGAGAUUAAUAGUGGUUUAAGGCAUGCACAAUUGGGGAGAAAAUAGUCAAAAUUAAAUAAAACUGAGCAUUUGUAUGACACCUACUCUGUUUCAUGCACUAAAUAUAUAUGGUCUCAUCUUCAUGAGAACUCUAGGACUUAGGUGGUAGUAUUAGGCUCAUUUUAGAGAUAAACUGAGGAAAACAGAGGUCUUGUAACUUGACUAGUAAGCUUCUGAAAUGGGAAGAAAACUUGGGUCUUACUGAUUCAAGGGCUGAUCAACAAUUUUCCCACUGUACCACCAGCUCUAUUGUGAUUCUGAAACUGAUAUGCUGAACAUGGUCAUACAUGUGGAAAGAAUUAGAUAAGCUGUUAUGGAGAGCUGGAAUUUCACUUUGUAAAACUCUAACCGGUCAAAAUUAUUGCUAAUUAUUAUUAAAAAAUAUUUAAAUUUCUAUUGACUCAUGACAGGUUUAGCAUUAGUCAUGUCCACAAUUGCAUUCAAAGGUCACUUGCACAUAUUGCUUUUUUUUUUUUUAUAAUACUGUUUAAUAAUGCAAAGCCAACCUUUAAAAGGAGAGAAUUUCUUCAUAUACUACUUUGUUUUUUCUACCAAUGGCAAAGUGGCUACAUUAUCACUGAACAAUCUAUGUAGCCAAUCAAUGCCUUUGAGAAACUGCCAGACAGAAGAAGAGUAACAUAAACAGAGCAUAUGCUCAAAUUAGAAAAUGACCUUAGCAUCUCAGUGAGUGGCAUUUCAAGUCCAUUUUUGUAGAAGGGUUUUUGUGAUCAUGGGAACCAAUGUUAAGCCUGAGGCUCACAGGUAGUUGUUGGAGAGCAGGGUUACCUGAACAGAGCCUCUGGCCUGUGACUGAGCUGCUAAAUUGCUAGAUCGACUCUCCUCCCAUUAGCAGAUACCAUGUACACACAAAGCCCAUGAGCUGCUUCUCUGAAUGGUGACUGGGGAUUGCCUAUUGUCCAUGAACUGAUCACACUUGCAAAAAUGUAUAUCAACAAGGCUGUGAGGCAUAAUAAACUGGAGCUCUUUUCACAUCCUCUGAGUCUCCCAUUCCAUCCACCUCAUCUCUGAGAUCAAAGGGCUCAUAUGUCAUGAGCUCUUAAAAGACAUCCAAAACAACUGGUUCCCGGGAACAGAGAUAGGAACCAGUAAUGGUGCCAGAAGGAGAGCCCGCUGCACUGCGCUGUUUCUGGACGAAAUAGAGGGUGGCAGAGGCCAUUAAGUAACCUAAUAGGGAGAAAAUAGGCAUUGUCCUGCCUUCAGACAGGGAAGCAUAUGUCAGGACUAUCUAUAAAUACAUAAAAGAGCAGGGGUGCACAGUUCAAUUAGGAGACAUUAGGAAAUUCUUGGACAUUGCUUACAAAGUUUCUCCAUGUUACCCGAGGAAAACUGUUACUAAUUGUGAGAGACAGAUUUUUUUUUAAUAACUUUUUAUUGACAGAACCCAUGCCAGGGUAAUUUUUUACAACAUUAUCCCUUGCACUCACUUCUGUUCCGAUUUUUCCCCUACUUCCCUCCACCCCUUCCCUCAAAUGGCAAUUCUCUACAUGUUAAAUAUGUCAUAGUAUAUCCUAGAUACAGAAGGUAGAAAUAACUUGGGAAGAAAAACAAAAAUGCAAACAGUUUACAUUCAUUUCCCAGUGUUCUUCCUUUGAGUGUAGCUGCUUCUGUCCAUCAUUGAUCAAUUGAAAGUGAAUUAUAUCUCUUUGUCAGAGAAAUCCAUUUCCAUCAGAAUACAUCCGCAUACAGUAUUGUUAUUGAAGUAUAUAAUGAUCUCCUGUUUCUACUCAUUGCACUUAGCAUCAGUUCAUGUAAGUCUCUCCAAGCCUCUCUAUAUUCAUCCUGCUGGUCAUUUCUUACAGAACUAUAAUAUUCCAUAACAUUCAUAUACCACAAUUUACCCAGCCAUUCUCCAAUUGAUGGGCAUCCAUUCAAUUUCCAGUUUCUAGCCAUUACAAACAGGGCUGCCACAAACAUUUUGGCACAUACAGGUCCCUUUCCCUUCUUUAGUAUCUCUUUGGAAUAUAAGCCCAGUAGUAGCACUGCUGGAUCAAAGGAUAUGCACAGUUUGAUAACUUUUUGGGCAUAAUUCCAGAUUGCUCUCCAGAAUGAUUGGAUUCGUUCACAACUCCACCAACAAUGCAUCUGUGUCCCAGUUUUCCCACAUCCUCUCCAACACUCAUCAUUAUUUUUUCUUGUCAUCUUAGCCAAUCUGACAGGUGUAUAGUGGUAUCUCAGAGUUGUCUUAAUUUGCAUUUCUCUGAUCAAUAGUGAUUUGGAACACUCUUUCACAUGAUUGGAAAUAGUUUCAAUUUCAUCAUCUGAAAAUUGUCUGUUCAUAUCCUUUGACCAUUUAUCAAUUGGAGAAUGGCUUGAUUUCUUAUAAAUUAGAGUCAAUUCUCAAUAUAUUUUGGAAAUGAGGCCUUUGAGAUAAAUUAUUUUUGGUGAACAGCCCACCACUUACGAUAAGCAAUGCCCAGGAGAAAUACAAAAAAGCCAUUUUACCUUAUAUAAUCUCAUUAAACAAAGUCUGAAAUCAGAACUAGAAAAGGAGGUCAGGAAAUUUAUAGUUAGAAUACAGACUGGUCCAUCUCUUAGUAGCAGAUGUCUCUGUCCUGAGCCUGAGGAGAAUGACUGUGAAUGGCCUUCCCCCCUCCACCACCUUCAGCCCUGCCUUAUUUUUGUGCUUUUUUGCAGCUUUUCAAAGGCUCUCCUAAUGUAAAAGAUGAAAUAAAAAUUGAGGAAAAGCAGGAUCAGAAAUAUAAAACAAAGACCACAGUGACACUUAGUGGACAAAAUGCAAAAGGUAAUCAGUUAUAUUCUUUAUCUUCACUUCAGAAAGUUUUGCAGCUGGCUAGAGAUCAAGGAAAAGACAGAGAGGGGUGAGAAGAAUUAUAUCCUGUUAUAGAGGAUGACUCUUUUAACUGAGACAUGAACCAUUUCUGUUUAAAGUUCUAACCCAGCUUAAGGAUUCAGUUCAUAAAUAUGGGCCCAUAGCACCUUUUGUUAAGUUACAACUUAAAACAAUGGGGCAAUUCUGUGUCCCCAUGUUGGGAAGGCCCUCAUCUGGGCAGUGCUGACCCCAGGCCAGGCAGUGUUCUGGAUGACAGAAUUCCUGUUCUCAAUGCUCUUUUACUUGUGAUGUAUAAUCUUGUAUAAAAACAGUGUAUCUUUACUACUUCUUUAGCUCUCCUACCACCAGCUUUCUCUUUCUUAUUUCGUGAUGGGACAGCUCAUCCUCCAGAGGUUUUAAUAAACAACUUUCUGCUUUCUAUUUUGAGUGAUCUCUGAGAAGUCAUUUUGGGUAAGGGUCUUCUAUAUCCCUCAGAGCUAUGAAAGCUUCAGUCCAUAUCCCUAAAUUCUUUUGUCUAAAGUCAAAGUUUGAAUUACUAACACUAAAUUGUAUUUCAGGAGUGUGAAUCAAUAAAUCUGAUGUUACUUCUUCUCCUGGAUCACAUACUUUCUAUCUAUACUAGUGAUUGAGACAGUAGCAGUUUCCCAAAUCAUUCUAUAAAUAAACACUGUUUUAUAAAUACUCAUAGUGUAAUGCUGAAUAAACUGAGGCAAGAUAGAGAUUAAAGAGUUUUAAUAUUUUAUUUAUUGGAGAGUUUAAUUGAUUGACUGGACAAGACUCUUGUCUCAGAGUAUCCAAGGGUGAAUGUGAGAAUCCCAGGGUUUUUUUUUUUUUAAUAGGACUCUAGAAACAAAGGAAGAAAAGAGUGGGAAGUUUCAGGGCCAUAAAUUUGCUUCUAGCAAGAUGGGGGGUAAACUAGGAAGCCAGAGUCAGGAUGUCUGAAUAAACAGAAGCAAAGAUGUCAAUGAGGUAUCCGAAAUACUCUUAUCUUUUGGAAUAUUUAGAGGGGGCAGUGCCAUAAAUUCUUGAUGACAGAAGGAGUUAGGAGCCAGGAAGUUUGAACUCCCCCUUAUCUUGAGUCUCACAUUAACAAUUUAUAACCUUAGAGCAAGAGGCCCUCAGUCUUAAUUAACCAGAGCGGGAUUUUGCAAGUAAGGGGAUUGAGGCAGAACAAUUAAGGAAACUGAGGCAGAACAAUUUAGGGAAACUGAAGUAGAACCAAUUAGAGAGACCGAGUCAGGACAAUUAAAACGAACUGUGGCACAAUAUUCCACACUCUCUCUCUUCUGAAUAUUCAAAUAAUUGAAUCACCUUCCUCUAAAUACCUAGAUAAUUUUGACCAAUCCCAAAUAAAACUAGAACAAUGCAAGGACUUAUGGCAAGGACAAGUCUCUCCCUGAUAACCCCAGAGUUUACAUCAGUACAAAGGCUCCCUUUUUGCAAGCAUGUCAGGUCCUCUGCAGUUAGGGCACCAUCUCAGCCAGAGAAUCCAGUUUGAGAUGGACAAUUUACUGUGAGUUAGGGCUGUGGUCAUUUGUGCACCUAACUCAGCCUUUUUUUAUAGAGCAGCAGGUCUCAAGGGCUCAAGGCCCUUUCAGAGGGGCAACUCU